AUGCGUUCUCAGCAGCUCUCCAUUUAUGGCCUCCUACUUGCCAGUAGCAUCGCCAUCGCAUCUAAGUUGGACCAUGAUGAUGUCCCCAAUCGCUGCUGGCCUGCCUGUAGCGCCGUCGUUGGAAUCGCCAACAGUUGUGAUGCUAGGCAUGAACGGGAUUCAGCUGAGAUCCAAUGCAUUUGUGAUUGGGACGCUGCCAAAACUCAGAUCCCCCUCUGCUCCGCUUGUAUCACCCAGUACCAAACCGACAGGCGCAACAACAAGAUCACCAAUGACGACCGUAAUGACUAUGGCGACGAUCGUGAUGACCAUGAUGACUAUGACGACGACAAUGAUAACGACGAUGAUGAUAACGAGGCCCUGAGCCUUGUCCGCGCUUGCCAGCUGAGCACGACUACCUACAACUCUGCAUCUGCCACUACUCUGACUGGCACAACUACUAGCACCACUGGUUCAAACAGCGCCACCACAACCCAAUCUUCUACCACCGGAACCACCAGCCAGGAUUCGACUUCGUCUACCUCCAGUACUUCGGCGGGUUCUGCAUCUUCUCCCACUGCUACUCCUGAUGCUGCAGCUGGAAUGUCAGUUCCCGGAGCUGCAUCCAUGGCAGGUGUCAUGGGACUGAUGGCAUUUGCUUGGCUGUAA